UCAUGACAGCCGAACCCAUCGUCUCACUGCGCUCCCUCCCACGGCGCGCCGCCGAGCCCAGAGCCCGACCACUUUCCCGCCGCACGGAUCCAAAACCCUAACUCCGCCUCGGCGCCUCUCCCCUCCCGGCGAGACGGCGGAGAUGAUGCAGCAGCAACAGCAGCAGCUGCCACCUCCGCCGCAGCACCAGCCGCCCCAGGGCGGCGGCGGCGGGGAGUUCUACCGCGGACCGCCGAUGCGGCAGCUAUCGGCGGCGUCCUCCACCAACCUCACCCCUGAGUACCCGGCGCACCCGGGUCCCCCGCAGCAGCAGCAGCAUCAGCCGCCAUACGACGCUUAUGGUGACAAUUUUGGUGCUAAAAGGAUGCGGAAGCCUGUCCAGCGACGAACAGUGGACUACACAAGCAGUGUUGUCCGUUAUGUUCAAGCUCGCAUGUGGCAGCGGGACGCGAGGGACAGAUUCACAUUACAGCCAACUCCUGCUGCUGUCCUAGAUAUGUUACCAUCUGUUGCUUAUCCGGAUAAUCCUUCCACAAGUUAUGCUGCCAAAUUUGUGCAUUCUUCAAUCAAUAAGAACCGGUGCUCUAUCAAUCGUGUCUUGUGGACCCCUACAGGCCGUCGGCUUAUCACUGGAUCACAAAGUGGUGAAUUUACGCUAUGGAAUGGACAAUCUUUUAAUUUUGAAAUGAUACUUCAGGCUCAUGAUCAACCUGUGAGAUCAAUGGUUUGGAGUCACAAUGAAAACUGGAUGGUUACGGGUGAUGAUGGUGGCGCAAUCAAGUAUUGGCAAAGUAACAUGAACAAUGUCAAAGUGAAUAAAACAGCUCACAGAGAAUCGGUUCGUGGUUUAAGCUUUUCUAGAACAGACUUGAAGUUCUGCUCCUGCUCCGAUGACAGAACCGUUAAGGUUUGGGACUUUGCAAGAUGCCAAGAGGAAAAAUCAUUGACUGGCCACGGUUGGGAUGUUAAAACUGUCGAUUGGCAUCCUACAAAGUCUUUAUUGGUUUCAGGUGGUAAAGACUAUCUUGUGAAACUCUGGGAUGCAAAAAGUGGGAGAGAGCUAAACUCAUUCCAUGGUCAUAAAAACAUUGUGCAUUGUGUAAAGUGGAAUCAGAAUGGGAACUGGGUACUGACUGCCUCAAAGGAUCAGAUUAUCAAGCUGUAUGAUAUAAGAUCCAUGAAAGAGCUUGAGUCCUUCCGUGGGCACACCAAGGAUGUUACUGCGUUGGCAUGGCAUCCAUUUCAUGAAGAAUAUUUUGUUAGCGGGAGCUUUGAUGGAGCAAUAUUUCAUUGGUUGGUCGGCCAUGAAGCUCCACAGAUCGAAAUAAACAAUGCACAUGACAAUAGUGUGUGGGAUCUUGCCUGGCAUCCUGUAGGCUAUCUACUUUGCAGUGGGGGCAAUGAUCAUGCUACAAAGUUCUGGUGUAGAAACAGGCCUGGUGAUAUUACCCGUGAUAGAUACAACAGUGGCCAGACACAAGGUUAUGUUGACCAACAUCCUGCUUUUGGUGCUCGUGCUAUGGGUGGAUUCCAGAUGCCUGAACCUCCAACACCUGGACCAUUUGCUCCUGGAUUGUCACGUAAUGAAGGCACAAUCCCUGGCAUUGGGGUUGCAAUGACCUUGGAUGGAUCUGAUCAAGGAGAGCAGAGACCAUCUAUUCCAGGUCUUCCACCUGGGCAACCCCCUCUGCCACCCGGUCCUCAUCCAUCACAACUUCUUGGGCAGCAGCAACAAUACCAACAGAUGCCUCAGCAGCAACAUUCCCAGUUUCGGCCGCCACCUCCAAAUAUGCCCCAAUUGCAGCCACCAGCUCACAUGCUUUCACAUUCGCAAGGAUCUCGUCCGACACUUCCCCAGCUUCCACCGAUGGGCGGACCAUCAAUGCCAUCACCAGUGAAUCCACCACUUCCACCAAUGCCUCACCCAACGGCAAUGCAAGGUUCACAGAACCAGAUGAUGCCCCAAAUGCCACAGCACAUGAUGGGCCUAAAUCAGAUGCAUCCUGGUUCUGUUCCUCCUGGCAAUGUACCUCCAAUGGGUGGGUUCCCAAGUGCGAUGGGAAACAUCCAAGGAGCAUCAGGUUCAUCUGGCAUACAAAAUUUUCCUAUGGGUGGCAUCUACAACCGACCUCAGGGACAAAUGGCUCCACAAGGACAAAUGACAUCCAUUCCAGGUCUAAGCUCUUACCAGGGAAUGGGCAAUGUUGGCCUUACACAACCCCCACCACCACCACAGCACCCACCACCUCGUGGUUGAACACCACAGUGACCUGGAGCAAAACGACUUUGAUACUGAGCCUAGAGUUUCCCGUGAUACCUGAAUUUGUAAUAUCUUGCUAUCUAGACCCUCCUGCAAAUUCAAACGAAUUUUGCCCAGGUAGCUAGGAUUUUUGCUAUCUCGUGCCGUGAUUUACAGCUUAGGAGGCCUUCCGCUCAGUUCACGCAAGGGCCGUGCUGCAGUGGACAUGUUGGCCUAAUGACCUGUCUGGUGUCUCAUAUUUAUACUGUAGUUUGUAUUUUGUGAUUACUUGUCGGCUGCUUAAAUGUAGAACAAAGAGAAAGUUCUGUCAUGUGGUUUUGAGAAACAUGAACUGUCCUUGUUCCAGGUAUCGACGGAUGCGUACCUAACCGUUUACAUUGUUGGUACUUAGGCCAGAUGCAAA